AUGACUGACCCCCAGGAACCUACCAUGCACUACCUGGACCCCCACAACAUAGCCCUGCUGCAUUCGCUUGGCGCCAUCUCCAACAGCAAACCAUUCAGCGAAUACUCCAUUCCCCAGCAACGAGCGCUGUUCCGCGAAGUCCAGACGCCGCGUCCUACCAAUCCAGGUAUCAGUGUCUCUGAGCACGCGGUUCCAACCAGUCACGGCGAGGUUGACACCUUCAUGUACAUGCCGGAGUCGGCUCGUACGCCUGUCCCUUUCGUCUACUACGUCCACGGCGGCGGCUGGAUCUUCGGCGGUGCCGUUGAGUUUGAGGCUUUCGUGUUCGACAUGGUGAGCAAGACGGGAACGGCCGUUGUGUUUCCGGAGUACACGCUUGCUCCAGAAAAGCAGUUCCCUGCCCAGCAUGGGCAGUGUCUGGAAGUGCUCCAGUAUAUCCUGAAGAACGGCGAUGAACACGGCUUGAUCACCGAUCGCGUUGUCCUGGCUGGUCAGAUCAUUGCAGCGAUGUCGGUCCUCAACAAGCAACGCGCCCUGGACCUACCUAUCAUUCAUCAGCUGAUGCUUCAUCCUUACGUCGACGUCACAGCCGAGCUCCGGAGUGGCAUGCUUCGAGAUCCCGUUUGGGCUGAGCAGCAGCAAGUAGCCUACUUUCCUACCCUCAAAGAACGUUCAAGUAUCCUCGGGUCUCCAGGACUCAUGAGCGCUGAGGAGGCCAAAGAGUACAUGUCGCCUACGACCAUGAUCAUCUCGGACCAGGAUCCGUUCAAAGACCAGAAUGAAGCAUUCGCGAAGCUGUUGCAGACAGCUGGAGUGUCUUGUGGCGUGAUCCAAGCUUUUGGGUCAAUGCAUGAUGUGGAGGUCUUCCAACACGCUCGUGACAGUCCAACGGCGCAGUUGGUGAUGUUGGCGGUUUGUGGGAAGCUGAGGGAAGUCAUGAGAUGCUAG